GCGGUCACGUGACAUCGGCUAUUGAUGAAGGGCAUCAGAUGGUUUUCGAUGUUUCAUGUGUAACGAUGCAGUAAUAAUCUAAAACUUGAUAUUACGAACAUCUAGACGGCGCAUGCUCAGUAAAUGGUGGUCUGUGCUUAAUGAGCCACAAUAUGUUGCGGCUUAGGUCUCACAUGAGUCUACCUGUAGCAGCGGGGGUUCUCCUCGUUGGGUUGCCGUACUCCAUUUCUCUUGCCGCUCAGUGGUUGUACGGUUGGCCCAAUAAGCCUGGAUACAAAAAGUACACAGAGGCCCUCAAACCAAGACGCAUAUACUGCUUAGCUAGAGCAGUGCUAGAAACUCUGAAGUAUCUGCAGUAUGGAAGACUUUACUUUAGAUGGAAAUCCUGGUAUAAGGAUGUUGAAAACUGUAAACAUUAUGAAAAGGGCAUCUCUUUUGGGCGUAGAGGUAACAAGCUGGACUUAUACUACUCCCCAAAAAUGGAAAAUGAAAAAAUUCCGCUUGUAGUUUUCAUCUACGGAGGUGCUUGGGGCUCUGGAGACAGGGCUAUUUAUUGCUUACUUGCCCGACACAUGGCUGAAGAAUUAAAUGCCACUGUAAUUUGUCCCGACUACAGCACUUAUCCAAAGAGCAAUGUUUUGGGAAUGAUUCAAGAUAUAGCAGACUGCCUCGUUUGGGCUAAAGAGAGUGCAGAGAAGUUUAAAUUUGAUCAUAACAAUAUUAUUUUAAUCGGACACUCCGCUGGUGCUCAUCUGUGCACACUGACUACUCUGUUUCUAAUUGACACAAGAGAGGAGCUUUUCAUUGAGGCAAGCAAACAGCAAGCUAUUACUCCAUCAAUAAAAGGUGUUAUAGGUCUCAGUGGAGUUUACAACAUCUUGGAUCAUUAUGAGCAUGAACAGAUGAGAGGGAUUGAAUAUGUCUCUACUAUGCACAAAGCUAUGAAUGGAGUCGAUAACUUUCCAUAUUACUCCCCGACCCAUGUACUCAACACAUUUGGAGAAGACAAACUCAAAAGAGUGCCUCCGUUUGUUUUGCUUCAUGGCACCGAUGACAUUAUUGUCCCGGUUAAGUCUUCUACAAAGUUUUCUGACCUGCUGUGCUCACUGUCGCUGUCUGUGGCACUCUUCCGCCUGCCCAGAGUCGACCACACUGAAAUGGUCACUGACAUCAUGGCUCCGGACAGACCGUUCUACCACAGCAUCUACACCUGUAUCAAGCAGGAGUACAGCAAACUCAUUAAAGGCCCUUGAUACGCAGGAUUUGUAUUACUCCUUAAUCACACAGUAUCUCAGUGUCGUAACCGGUGGGGUUGGGUGGACCAAAGACGUGCAGACUCGGGGCAGAUUUACAGUGUUAAUUACAAAAUAGUGAAAUACAGUUCAAACACAAUAAUUAAUCCAGCGGGGAACAGGAGCCAGAGCCCAGGGCAGGAUCCAGGAGCGGAGCGCACGGUACGGCGCCAGAGCGAGGUGCAGAGGAUGAGCCAGGAUCCGGGAACGUGGGCCACAGAGGCAAAGACCAGUAGACCAGAGUCAGGGAAAGGAGCAGGGUGCAGGGCAAGGUCCAGGGGCGUGGUGUGCAGGAGACAAGGUGAAACCAUACCAGGUCGGGGAAGCCAGGCGGGAGCGGAGCCGGGAGUGCAGGAGCUGGAGCAGUGCAGGUGACAGGAUC